AUGUCGCCUGCGACUCCCUCCUCAACUGGUGGUGGUCAUGCCCUUGGUAUGCACUCAAUUUCGUCCACCUCCAGUUCAGCUUACACCAAUUCAGGUUCGCAUUCUGCAAUUUCUUCCCAGAUUGAGCCAUCGCCUGCCAGUACAUAUGGUAGCUCCGCUGCCAGCGAUGCUGAUAUUCCUUUAACUCCUGACAAUGAUGGGGCAGCUCUUACCAACAUUGCCCGUCUUGCAAUCAGUGAUGAGGGUACCGUCGAAGACAAUGUGACAUCUUCUGGUCACCAUUCCACUAGUGGUUCUAGAAAUUCAAACCUCUACUCCCCGCCAUUUGUUCGCAAUGGUUCUCAGAGCAAUGUUGAUGAUCCAUUCCAAUCGCCAAGCAAGAAUGCUUCAAAGUGUCGCAACCAAGACCAGCAUACUCCCAAGGCUCCAAGACAUUCUCACCGAGAUAUUCAUGGCCCUUGGCGCUCAAGAAGCUCGAGCAACAGUUCUGAGUUAUCACCAUCAAAGUCGAAGUCAAACUCCACCGGCACUGUUGAUGCCCACUACGGUGACACUCAGCGCAAGCUUUCUUUCCACGUCCAAGAGCAUGUUUCUGAGAACACCGACAACGCAGGCAAUAGACUAAGUGGUUACACUGUUGUCAAGGCCGAGGAUGCGCAAGCUGUGUAUCCUCCUUCUUGCUGUGUUUUCGUUGCGAACCUGCUUCAAUCCGAGAGUGAAGACUCCCUUCAAAUGGCCGUGACUCAAAUCUUCCGAGAAUAUGGUCCUGUCUACGUCAAGAUCCGUCGUGACGGCAAGCAUAUGCCUUUCGCAUUCUGUCAAUACACUAAGCAAGAACAUGCCGAGAGAGCUAUCAAGGAAGGCAGAGGUCGUCUAAUCAAAGGCCGCCCAUGUCGCUGCGAAAAGGCCAAGGCUCAUCGUCUAUUUUUCAUUGAGCGCAAGUAUGGUCCAGUCGUCACUCCUGGCGAAGUGAGAGACCUUCUUCAGCGCUUUGGCAAGAUCGAACUUUGUUACACUGCUUCUCACGUAGAGCGUACUGCACUCAACCUCAAUGAAGGAGUCAUUGUUCAAUUUGAAAUGUACGAUGAAGGUCAAGAUGCUCAAUCUGCUUUCCGCAACCAUGAUCUUUACAAGCUGCAGCCCAUUGCAGGCCUUGCAACACCUGCUCAGCAGUCACCACCCGCAGCAGAAAUUGAUGCUACCAAGGCAUAUUUGGCAAGAUACGAUGUCGACCGUCGGUCAAUUUUCGUUGGCAACCUUCCAUUGAGUACUUCAGAACAACAAAUUCGGGGUCUUUUCGAGCACUAUGGCGAAAUCCAAGAUAUCAGUCUGCGAGAGAACGCGUCUAAGUUUGAGCCAGAAGAGAAGUUUGCUUUCGCUUUUGUCGAAUUCAAGUCUCCCAUGGCAGUUGUUAAUGCAGUAAACGCAAAGAAUGGUUUCACUUUCGGUGGAAAAUCUCUACGAGUCGCUCAAAAGGAUUCUGAAAAUGGUGGUAGCAGAGGCAGACCCUCCAGACCACAGCCAUCGACCUCCGCUCGGUCGUUCCAGUCCCCUCGUGUCGAUCAACAUGUGGACCAACAAACUUCUCCGUCUGCUCAAAUGUCCCCUAUGCCUUAUGCAUCACCUUAUGGUUACGCUGCGUAUAGCCCAUACUAUGGUUAUGCAGCCCCUUCAACCGUCUUCACUGAUGGUCAAGGCCAUUACUACAGCAGUGCUACCUCGUACUCGCCAGCACCAGCAUACUACCCAGGCUACCCCGGUAGUCCUGGCUACGGAAUGCGUAACCCAGCAGUGGUAACUGAUUUAACGGCCAGUCCUCCUGCACCGUCACCAUACUGCAGUUACGCACCAUACCAACAAUAUGCACCGGCUCCAUACUGGGGUAUGCAGAGCCCACCAGCUGAUCAGUCGUCUUCGUCUCAGCAAGCAUGUUACCCUUAUUCACCUGUUGGCAUUAGUAACAAGGCUCGCGAUGAUCGUUCGGCAACUCCUACGCCAAGUGGGCAUGCUUCCGUUGUUGAGUAA